ACAAGACUUGAUGGCCAAUGGAAUCAAGGUUUAUCCCCAGAGGGAGUACGAUGAGGAUCCAGAGGAGCGCACCCUCAAUGACCAGAUCAGGGAAAACAUUCCCUUUGCUGUCGUGGGAACGGACAAGGUGCACCAAGUGAAUGGAAACAAGGUUCUGGGCCGUAAAACAAAGUGGGGAAUCAUUGAAGUUGAAAAUGUGACACACUGUGAAUUUGCCAACCUGAGAGAUCUGCUCAUCAGGUCCCACCUGCAGGACCUGAAGGAUGUGACCCACAACAUCCACUACGAGACGUACCGUGUGCAGCGCCUCAAUGACAGCAACAUGAACUUCAGCGAGCUACUUCUGUCCGCCUGGCCGCUGGAGAAUGGAACGGACAAAUGUGAAACUGAGAGCCAGCUCUGAUCCUUCCUGAUGCAUUGUACCAGGAGUGCCACUUGAUCCCUGAUGACAGAAAUUCCUUUUUAAGUAACAGGACCAAGUAGAUGCUUGCUUUGUCAAAAAAAUAGUUUUUUCUUUCAAAAUAUAUGAGAAAUGUAUUGUAAUUUGAUGUAAUAAAUGUGAGUUCACGUUCACACAUGUCCUGAAAGGAUGUGGAAAUAUAAAAAUGAGAAGGAGACGGCACAGCAUCAUGAGAACCAUUCGGGCCAGUAUAACCAGUUUUAUGCUCAUCUCUAUCAUUCUCAUAUGUUGAAAUGUUGCAUUGUUACAAAGUCCAAAAGCACGUGGGCCCUGUGUUUGUCAUUACGAUUAGGUUGACGGUGUAGCAGCUAAAAGCAGGUGAGAUACUCGUUGGUUAAACGCUGCUGCUGUGCCAAAUGCUCGUCUGCUGAUUCUCAUUCCAUUUCUGUGUUUUCAGCCUGAUUUACUCAGGCCAUGUAAGGAUUAUUUCUCUGGUUUAUGGUUUAGAUUGAUAUUGGAAAAAGGCUGUUUUCAAAGGUUCAUAAUAGAUAAAACAGACUA